AGGGGAAAUGAUGCUAGUCUUUGGAGUCUCUGGCUCGGAGUCCGCCACAACACUCAAACAGAUACCCACCACAAACAUGCAAACGUCGUCGUUCAUUUUAUUCUAUCUAUUUUCUUCAAACUCCUUAAAGCUCUCGAUUUUUCUCGAACCUCUGUCUACUGCACCGUUUAAAUGGCUUCUUCUAUAUCCCCUCUUUCCCCUUCUCUCCGAUUACACCUCACUAACACUACUCUCCUUGCUCCGUUCCCUUACUAUCACCGAAGCAAAUGUGAAAUGAGCAGGAGGAGUUUUGCGCUGAAAGGGAUUGUGGCUUCCGGUGUUUCAUCCAUGGCUUCCACUUUGACUGCAGAAGCACAGCCAUCUCAAGGUGUUGGAAGAUUGCCGUACAAACCUGAAGGCUACAAUUAUUGGACUUGGAGGGGUCAUAAGAUACACUACGUAGUGCAAGGGGAAGGCUCUCCUAUUGUCCUAAUCCAUGGUUUUGGGGCUUCUGCAUUUCAUUGGAGGUACAACAUACCAGAAUUGGCGAAAAGACACAAGGUUUACGCCUUAGACUUGCUUGGAUUUGGCUGGAGUGACAAAGCACUCAUCGAGUAUGAUGCUAUGGUAUGGAGGGAUCAAGUGGUAGACUUUGUGAAGGAAAUAGUUAAAGAACCAUCAGUUUUAGUUGGAAAUAGCCUUGGAGGAUUCACUGCUUUGGUUUCAGCAGCUGCGUUACAGGAGCUUGUCAGUGGAGUUGUUCUACUAAACUCUGCCGGACAAUUCGGGGACGGAAAUAAGCAAAGUGAAAGUUCUAAAGAAACACCUCUAGCAAAGUUCGUCUUAAAACCCUUGAAGGAGGCUUUCCAGCGAGUAGUUCUUGGAUUUCUUUUCUGGCAGGCAAAGCAACCUGCUCGAAUUGUGUCAGUCUUGAAAAGUGUUUAUGUAAAUUCUUCAAAUGUUGACGACUAUCUAGUGGAAUCUAUUACAAGACCAGCUGCAGAUCCCAAUGCAGGAGAAGUUUAUUAUAGGUUAAUGACACGCUUCAUGAUGAAUCAGAGCAAGUAUACGCUAGAUGCUGUCUUGAGCGAACUCUCUUGCCCCUUACUUCUGCUCUGGGGUGAUCUUGAUCCAUGGGUUGGUCCUGCCAAAGCUAACCGAAUCAAAGAGUUCUAUCCGAAAACAACUCUCGUAAACUUGCAGGCUGGGCACUGCCCACAUGACGAGAUUCCGGAGCUCGUGAACAAGGCCUUACUAGAUUGGUUGUCGACUCUCUAUCCUGAAGAAGCAUCCCUCCAGACAGUUUGAACAUGUGAAAAGAAAUUCACGAAGUUAAUCAAUCUUGACCAAGCUGAGGUUCAAGGUUCUCAGUGUCAUUACAUUUGUUGUAUAUAGUAAAAGCUGGUCAGGGGAUAGGAGGGAUAAAAAUGAGAGAGAAUUGAAAUUUUUAUCACCGGUUUUGCAUAUAGUUAGUAAUAGUCACACAUUUUUAAACAUGUAUGCAGUCAUUUCUCUCAACUGCAUUUUUCAUUUCUUAAUCAAUAUUGUUUUUGUAUUAUGUUGCCCCCUUCAAUCACUAGCCAACAGAUUUUUAUGCUGGUUAUUAUUUCCUUCAAUCCCCUUCUCAUUGGAUAAUACAACUCAU